AUGGCGGGAGCAACGCAGGAGUCUCAUGUUCCACCCUCCACUAGACAGUUGGUGUUCCACAGUGCCAGGAUCACAGCCACAGCUCUCAUACCCGCCUCCACCUACUCUCACCUCAUCUCAACAUACACAAGACAUAAAUAUACAGAUUUACGUCGGCCGUACAUAGUGUUCGAGGUGUCAUUUUACAUAGUGUCAUUAAUGAGAACAGUUAACAGUAAGUCAGGAGCAGUUGCUGUGGGGGAAACACUGGAAAAGAAGAUCCAUGCUGAUUCACUUGCUAAAAUGAAAGAAAGUUAUGAAAUAGAGGUGAGGCAGCUUGAAGAAAUACACUGUGAGAACAUUAACAAGCUGGAGGUACAGCAUGAAGAAGACUUGUCCAAACUCAAAUCCGACUUUAAGGCUGAAUUAACAAUACAAAAGACAGAACUUGAGAACAAAUUGACCGAGUUUAAAAUUGAAUAUGAUCAAAGAAUGAAUAGUUUAGGACAAGAUGAACUGGAUGAAGGAGAUAAUGAUAAUGAUGAUGAUAAUGAUGAUAAUGACAAACAUGGAGAAGGAAUGGAAUCAAAUAGAAAAAAUAGUACACAUGAAGAAACAUUUAUCCCAGAUGUAAAUGUGAGAAGAGAAAAUGGGAAGUUAAAUGAAGAAGUGAAAAAAUAUGACCAUAUAUUGAGAGAACUACGAGAGAGGCGGAGGAGUCUCGAGGAAGACCUUGAAGCACUAAAAACACAGGAAAAGAAAGUCAAGGAAUUACAAACUCACAAGUUGACCUCAGAUGCCUCUUCCUGCUGCAGCAGAAAUAUGUGCAUUCAUCAAUCUAAGUACAAUAAAAUGAAGGAAAAAUACUCCAAUCUUGUUACUCGCAUUAAAAUGGAAAAGUCCAAAAAGUGGAGUAAAAAAUUAGCAACAACACAUGAAGAGAGAAGUGAAAGCACUCCGUCAUUGUCAAGUGAGAAGAGUAGCAUAGAGAGUAACACCAAUGUAUCACACACUGGCCAACCAUCACGUGAUGUAACAUCAAGCGUCUCAUCCAGCCCGACACGUACAAGAAAACAGCACAAUUUUGCUUGUAAGAGCUCGAGUGAUGUAAGUGAUGAUGAAGAAAUUAAGCUUGCUAAUCAAGUUUUGGAAAAGUAUGAUAGAAUUCCAGAAUAUCUUUUUGCCAAAAAUAUAAAUCUCAAUAAUGUAGGUAGUAAGUUAAAGCAUAAUAUUACAAAACCCAUUACAAGUACUCCAAAAAAGGCAUGGAUGGAUGAUGAACUUUUAACAAAUGGCCGGAAAGUUUUGAAGAAAACAGAAAGAUUUAUUAAAUCGAAUCCAAUGAAAACCCAGCGUGAAGUAUCCAGUUUGAGAGCAGAAGAUAUAAAGAGGGAAAUUCAACGUCAGAAUGCAGACUUUAAGGCGCCUUCAUCAAAGGUUUCAUCUUACCAUGUGUCCCUGGCUGCCAGAGUAUCCGAGACAUCGGACACGGAGUCUGAUGAGCACACACAUGAGGUUCCUUCACUUUCAUCUGAUUUUGGAUUAGACCAGAUGCUAGCCAAGAUCAGUUCUGCAAACAAGUCAUCUCGUGGUAUCCAGUAUUGUAACCUCUCUUCCCAAGAAAAGGUUCUUCCAUUAAGAGCUACAGCAAGCUUAGAACAUGGCUUGAACAAUAUAACUAAUCCACUAAACACCUUUUCUUCUGGUAAGCAUAUUUUACUUUUGGUCUUGUGA